UCUCAGUCUCUCCAUCUCCCCUCCUCCGUCUCUCGUUCGCCCAUUGGGGAUUUCAUCCUGCUCCUUUGCCUCUUCAGUCUUCUCCUUACCGUCUCGCUGACUUCUUCACCGCCAUCAUGGGCUCCGAAAACCCCUCCAACCCCCUCUGGACCACUCAGUCCGUGCUUUCCACCCUCCCUCACCCUCCAGAGGAGAACUCUGCCUCUCCCGUCCCCUUCUUCCAUCUGCUUGAACGCCUGAAGACCACCAAGCGCGAAGGCUGGCGCCGGUUCGGCAUCACGUCCGGCGAAUCCAUCUCCGACCACAUGUACCGCAUGUCCGUCAUGACCAUGCUCGCCCCGCCAGCGCUGGCCCCCCAACUCAACCUGCCGCACUGCAUGAAGAUGGCUCUGAUCCACGACAUGGCGGAGUCGUUGGUCGGCGACAUCACUCCCGUCGAUAAGGUGGAUAAGUCGGAGAAGGCCCGUCGCGAGGCCGACGUGAUGGACUACAUCUCGAAGAAUCUGCUGGGCGGCGUCCCCGGCGGCAUGUUGACGGGCGCGGACAUCCUGAAGGUGUUCCAGGAGUAUGAGGAGAAUGUGACGCUGGAGGCGAAGUUCGUGCACGAUAUCGACAAGAUGGAGCUCCUGCUGCAGAUGGUGGAGUAUGAGCGCACGCAUGACUUGGAUCUCUCUGAGUUCUGCCACGUCGCGAGCAAGGUCCAGUUGCCCGAGAUCAAGGAGUGGGCGGCCACGGUGCUGCAGGAGCGCGAGGCGUUCUGGAAGAGCAAGGUGGCGAAGGCUGAACAGGCAUCUGCAUAGACGGAGUUUGGUUUCAGGGGGGCAUAUGCUUGUUUGCAUGAGACUCAUGUGUUGAUGGCGUUGACGUUGCAUUGUCGUUACGAGUUUUCUUAUGUGUUCUUUCACAUUGUUAUCUGUUUCCAUACCACCAAAAUCGGUGGCGGCGUUGGUGAGCCAUUCUAGAUUAGAUACCAUCGUGAUGUGAUUCCGAUGAAUUGGGCUGGUUGAUACAUAGAUAAGUGUCCAUAGAGUUCAAUCAGUGGUUAUUUGCAAGU